AUCGCCGUCCUUACGGGCCUCGUGAUGAGUGCCUACGCAGGCUUCGAUGGAGUCCUUGGUGGUGGCCUGGCAGGCGUUGGGGUUGGAGGCAGUGUGGUUCUUUUGAAUUCAGGAAAAGGAGUCGGAGUCGUCAAGUCUCUUCCUGGCCCAGCUUAUGUGGUCAAAAGCAUAGACCAUUUGCACAGAUUAGACAGCGGAAGUAACUUCGUGGUACCUGGCAGUGUCGGCGGCUUCGUCGAAGGUUUCGGAGGUGGCUACGGAGGAGGCUAUGGAGGUGGCUAUGGAGGCAGCUACGGAGGAGGCUAUGGAGGCGGCUACGGAGGAGGCUAUGGAGGAGGCUAUGGAGGAGGCUACGGGGGCGGCUACGGAGGCGGCUACGGAGGCGGCUACGGGGGCGGCUACGGAGGCGGCUACGGAGGCGGCUACGGAGCUGGCUUCGGCAAAGGCUUUGGUGGUGGUUAUGGCCGGGGCGCCGGCUACGGAGGUGGCUUCGGUGGAGGAUACGGGGGCGGCUUCGGCGGGGGAUACGGAGGCGGCUUCGGUGGAGGCUAUGGAGGAUGCUUUGGUGGUGGUUAUGGCGGUGGUUUCGGCGGCGGCUACAGCGGUCUCGGUGGCUACAGUUAUAAAGGGUAA